AUGACUGAUGCUGAUAUUGAACAAUUCAAAGCAGCAGAGAACAUCAUUGCCGAACUCAAAAGUAUAAAUGACAUAGAUCAUUUAUCCAACGAAAAACUACAGCAUCUCAUCAUAAUUCUCAAAGAUCUCAAAACAAAACUAACAUCGAUUAAAGUAUCAGCCGAUAACUCUUAUAAUAGAUUAAAACUUUCGACUAAUAUACCACCCACAAACUUUAUUCAGAAAAAUACUUUUAUUCCUCCACCACCACCAAGGAAUGAGGUUCUUCGUCCCCAAAAUAUGGAAAUGAACAGGCCUGUUCAUCAACUUCCUAGUGCUCCCCCUCCGAAUUUUCAGAAUAAUUUCCAUCCCCCUCCAAAUCCAAAGAAAAAAAUUACACUUGCACAAGAUAAGCCAAUAUGGGGAAACACAGAUAUAUUUUUUCAAGGAAUUCGUUCCAAAGAAGAAUAUGAAAAAUUGUUUCAGCAAACUUCUCCCCAAAUCCUUCCACAUGAAAGACAGCAUUGGAGUGUUCGAUUUUCUUUAUACACAGAUGAAGCUCGACGUUUUAACUCCAAAGUUUUAGAUCCACCAAAAAGAACCAACGGUGCAAAGGAAAAUUCAAUAUGGAAAAUACAGAAUAUCUCAUUUCAGAUCGAGAAACAGCAAAAAAUCUCAUCUUCUACCUUUGUAAGGCUCUUAAAUUCGAUGGUUAUCUCAUGUCCGAUAGAAGCAAGGGAAAGAGCCGAACGAAACUACCCGAAGAAGCAUAUGCUGGCUCCGCACAUACCAUACCAUAGAUAUUUAUCUCUUGAUUUCAAAGAUCGGCUUGGAUUAGAGCUAAAAAGCCUUGGAUUGGAUAUAUCAGAUUCCCAACAGAUCAGUGAUAGCGGGCCAUUCAAUGAAGAACUUAAUAACUAUAGAAGAGAGCUUGAAAACAUAAUUCCAAAAUUAGAAAAGCUUAAAAACGAAAUCCUUCCAUGUAUUGAUGAAUACAGGAAGAAAGAUUUGGAAUUAGCCAAAGAAAGAAAUGAUUUUAUUCGAAAUUACGUUAAUAAUAACUAG